UUUACAUAUUUUUUUCAGUAAUUAGAUACCGGCCGUGGUUAGUCACGUUUAGACCAGCGUGCGCAAUACGUAUAGGUACAUGUCCAGGUAGAGGUAUACAAUAUUAUGCACGAGUACUGUAUAAUGUUAAUAUGUGUCGGUGAACGCUGAUUGCCCACCCGCCAAUUCCGACGGCAUGGCGGGCAAAGGACGCGCGCACAGGUGGUGGCCAUCGGAAAUAAAGAUAAAUACUCGUCGUCGUCGCUAAGGUCAGACGUGAACGCUACUGCCGCCGUGAACUUGCCACCACCGUCGCCGUGCCCGCGGGUAUUUUAAUACGACGACUAAGACGACUACGACGACGAAGAGGGCGGCGACGGAAACAACAAAAUUAUACCAAUGUAAUAUUAUUAUAUCAUUAGGUAGUUUUCGCACAUUAUUCUCACAUCAGUGUAUACAUAGUAUAUUAUCGAUUGUAGUUAAGUGAUAGUCGCUGCAGCAAGUCGAUGUCGAAUCCGUUGUUUUAGUCCGAAAAUACGAGAAUCACACGUGCGGUCCAAACGAAACGAACGCGAUGAGACGAUUUUUCGAAAAAGAUAUAAUAGCAAUUAGCGCGUGCUUUUUGUGGUGUUGUACUGUCACAUUGACUUGGAAACCAAACUUUCAAUCGCCGAAAUGGACACAACAGAUGUCUAAUGAAAAUUUGACGGAUAUACCAAAAUCCGUUAUACAGCUUCAAGAUAGAAUUUUGUAUCCUACGAGACUUUUUUUGCAAAACAUGUUCAGCUCUCAGUAUCAAAUAGACAAAUCUCGGAUGUUACAGAGAACACAAGAGCGACAACUGAAGUCAUCCAAGUUUUUUUGUAAUACCAAUGGAACUAGAUCUGAAACGAGGCCAACGUCUGUACAUGAACUAAGACCAGGUGACUUUGAUGUAAUCGGCAGUGUCGGAGAUUCUUUGACAGUCGGGACGGGAAGCUUUUCGUAUUUUUUACCACAAUUAGUCGUCGAUCAUCGUGGAUCAUCGUGGACAGCUGGCGGACAAGGUACAUGGAGAGAAUUUUUAACUUUGCCCAAUAUUUUGAAAGUCUUUAAUCCAAAAUUGAUUGGCUAUGCGUAUGGCGACGCAUUGGCUGAACAGCGUUUUUCUCAAUUCAACGUAGCUGAAGUCGGUGCUCUCAGUAGAGACCUACCAUUUAUGACAAGAGAACUGGUGAAAAGAAUGAAAAUGGAUAAGAGGGUUAAUAUAACCGAAGACUGGAAGUUAGUAACAAUGAUGAUGACUUCGAAUACCUUUUGCUUAGAACUGUGUUACGAAGAUUAUACUACGUAUGCUGAAAAAUAUAGACAGAACAUUUUAACAGCAUUACUAUACAUAAAAGAAAAUUUGCCACGGACUAUGGUCAACUUAAUUUUAAGUCCAAAUUUAGAAAUUUUACUUAAAUUCACAAAUCUGCCAAAAAUUUGUUUUUUCACUCACAUCCUAGAGUGUCCAUGUUUGUAUUCGAUACAGUACAAACAUAAAUUGUCAGAUUACAUAAAAGUAAUGAAACAGUUUCAAGAAGUCGAGAAAGAAAUAGUGGAAAGUGAAGAAAUGAAGAAUAAAGAUGAUUUUACGGUUGUUCUCCAAGUAUUUACAGAAGAUCUGAAAUUUCCAUUAAAUAGGUUUAAUACUACAGAUACAACGUAUUUGGCGAGUGAUUGUUUUCAUUUCAGUCAAAAAGGUUAUGCCAGAGCUGCAAAUGCAUUAUGGAACAAUAUGAUGGAACCAGUUGGUCGCAAAUCGACAGACUGGUCUAAAGAAUUCGAUCGAUUUAAUUGUCCAACAAAAGAUUCUCCAUACAUUGGUACGUGGAAAAAUAGCAUAAUAUGAUUGUGAUCGGUUCUAACUUCUAAGUACGUUGUUUGCACUUGAAUAUCUUUGAUAUGUUUUACAGCAGUUUUAUAUGUUCUCACUUAUGUAUUAAGUAUUUAAGUAUAUAAUAUGUAAUAUGUGUAAAAUAGUGCUUAUACGUUAUACUAUUUGUUCACAUUGCCUCAUUUCGUUACCUAUUAUUUCUAUUGAUUUUCAUCAUAUUGUCAAUGUUGUAGGUCUGAUUGUUAUGUAUAUAGUUUAUAGAUAUAAACAAAUGACAGUCACCUACAUUUAUAUCGUUUUAAAUGUUUUGAUUGUGUAUUACAUUGUAUAUAUUUAAUGCAUACCCACUCAUAACA